CGGGACAAAGCUGGGGGUUUAUAUUCAGGUUGUGUGAGGCUCUCUCUUCCAAACGUUUGCAGUAUUUUGUUGCGAAAGAUAAACUCGACAACCGACGAUGUCUGGAAGAGGCAAAACCGGAGCAAAGGCCCGCGCCAAGGCAAAGACCCGCAGCUCCCGCGCCGGUCUGCAGUUCCCUGUGGGCCGUGUCCACCGUCUCCUCCGCAAGGGUAACUACGCAGAGAGAGUCGGCGCCGGAGCUCCCGUGUAUCUGGCCGCCGUUCUGGAGUACCUCACCGCUGAGAUCCUGGAGUUGGCUGGCAACGCCGCCAGAGACAACAAGAAGACUCGUAUCAUCCCUCGUCACCUCCAGCUGGCUGUGCGCAACGACGAGGAGCUGAACAAACUGCUUGGUGGUGUGACCAUUGCCCAGGGCGGUGUCCUGCCCAACAUCCAGGCCGUCCUGCUGCCCAAGAAGACCGGCCAAUCUGCACCGAGUUCCGGCAAGGCGGGAAAGAAGGCCUCUUCUCAGUCUCAAGAGUAUUAGCUUUCAUGGCUAAUAACUUUUACCCCAAAGGCCCUUUUAAGGGCCACCCACUCCUCCUCAAAAGAGCAACGUUUCUUGUCUUGUUUAAUUUCGCAUUGUUAUUAUUUAAUAAACGCUUGUUUCGUUAAA